UGUUUACAUUGCACUAAAUUUUUCAUCAUAAAGCUACUAUAAAAAUUAUUAAAUGAUUUGACAAAAAAGUUAUUCACAAAUAUGGUUUUGUACGAUUUAGUGCGUCGCAGCCUUAGAUAUUUGUAUAUAUACUUAGUUUGUUUCAGUUCAUUUAACGAAAUCAAAAGAAAAUGAAGUGUUGGUCGGACGAUCACGGCAUGAUCGCUAUCACGAUAGCGGCGAUAAUAGCCAUAUCGAUCGGAGUGCAACCAGUUUCUAGUUCUAAUAUUCUCGGUGUAUUCCUCAGUCCCAGUCCCUCACAUUUAAUCGUACAUAUGUCAAUUAUGAAAACACUGGCUGAACGCGGUCACAACAUAACCGUUGUCUCAAGUUUAAAACCGAAAGUCAAUCAUCCCAAAAUACACAACAUCAUUAUUGAGCCGUCGGAAGCGCGUCAAAAGGAAAUGAAUGAGGAAUUAUCCGAUUUGGGAGUAAAAAAGCAAAACCCCAUCAUUAUGAUGAUGAAAUUCUUGAGAGCUGACAAUGUUAUGGUCACAUUGCAAUUGGAUGUUGUUAAGAAUGAAAAAUUUCAACAAAUCUAUAACAACAAAUACGAUUUGGUUAUAAUGGGAUAUUUUAUGAAUAAUUUCCAAUUCAUCGUUCCGGCCAAAUUGAAUUGCCCGAUGAUACUCAGUUGGACGGGCCAGCCAAUGGAGAUGGUAAAUGAUUUUGUUGGAGUACCACAUGAAGUAUCGUAUGUACCCUCUGUAUUUACUGCUCAUAAAAACGAUGAAAUUAUGAGUUUUGGAACACGUCUGCUAAAUUUUGUAUCGAGUGGUUUGUUGCGUUUAGCUACCAAUAUCAUGGAUAUUUCAUUUGAGGCAUAUUACAAAGAGUUAGCAGCUGGCGAUGCGGCACUACGUACAUAUUCAGAAAUGAAGGAGAACGUAUCCUUAAUAUUUUGUAACAGCCAUUUCAGUGAGGGGCCCAUACGGCCGAUGGUACCUGGUAUGGUAGAAAUAGGUGGCAUACAAAUAAAGGAGAAGGCAACGCCUUUACCUAAGAUUAUUGAUCACUUUUUGAAUGCCUCCAAAAAGAAUGGAGCAAUACUCUUUAGUUUGGGUUCAAACAUGAAAAGUACCAGCAUACAACCAGAGACUGUUAGUAUAAUUUACAAAGUACUUUCCUCGUUGGAACAAAAUGUGGUUUGGAAGUGGGAAAAUUUGGAUAAUACCCCUGGCAAUGCCUCAAAUAUACUCUACCAAAAAUGGUUACCACAAGAUGAUAUACUCGCCCAUCCUAACCUUAAGCUUUUCAUCACACAUGCCGGAAAGGGUGGAAUGGUGGAAGCGACUUAUCACAGUGUGCCUAUGGUUGCAAUGCCAAUAUUUGCUGAACAACCCGCGAAUGCUGCUAAAAUAGUGUCUUCCGGUUAUGGCGUACAAGUGGACAUUUUAAAUUUGAAGGAAAAUGAGUUCAGAGACGCCAUAUUUGAAGUGCUUCAUAACCCAAUAUAUCGAAAUAAUGUGCAUCGAUUUUCAGAAUUAUAUCGAAAUCGUCCAUUGACUGCUAAAGAAACUGUUAAUUUUUGGGUAGAAUAUGUUAUACGUCAUCAUGGAGCUGCACACAUGCAAAGUCCACUGAUUCAUUUGAAUUUUGUGCAGUCGAAUAGUUUGGACGUUUUAUUAGCUAUAUUGAUAACAUUUUAUUUGCUGUGGAAGUUGCUAAAAUUUACUUGUAAGCUUUUAUGUAAAUUAGUACGUUCAGUUAAAGGAAAGCAAAAGGAAGGACAUUCAAAGAAAUCCAAAAAGGAAUAAGCUUAUAUUGUAUAUUUUCGGUAGCUUCAGAUUAGGAGCUUUAAUUAACCAUGGAAUUGGAUAUGAAAAAAUCCUAGAUUGAAAUAUUUUAUAAUUUUUUUCAUUAAUAAAAGUUCCAAAAUAUUACAUUUUUUCUCAAUAUAGCAAAAUAGAAAUACAUACAAAAUUCCAGUUGAAUAAAAUUAAUUUUUGUAUAUGCUUUAAUGCGUGUUAUUAUCAUUGAAUUUGUAGUCUGUUCCAAACACUCUCUAUAAAUGUAUAUUUAAUAUUUAAUUGUCAGUUUAUUUAGCACAAUGGUUAUACUAUUACACCUAACAAAUAAGAACAUAUAAAAUUCGUGUAAAAUAAGGAUUAGGCGUGGUGUUAGUCUGAUUUCGCUCAUUUCAUCAUUUCUCCACAAAGUAUCAAGUAAAAUAUAUACAAAGUUUUGUUUUUAUUAGAAUUAUAAUAGAAGAAAUGUUUAAAAUUAAACUAUUAACUUUAUAUUGUUUCCAAGAAUUGAAAAAAUAUCCAAUAAAUUGAACUGUUAUGAAAGUA